GCAAUAGUAUUAUAUCAGUAUAUCAGAAAUGUAUUUUUUCAAACUCUUGACUGUAUUGUUAUAUAGAGAGUGAUAAAUAUUUCUUUUGGUAAUAUAAAUGUUAGCCCCAUAACCUCUUCAAGAUCUUCCAGUGAAGACCCGAAAAGAAGGAUGAAAUGUUGAAAGAAAAUGUAUUUGAAAUCAUUUAAAAAAAAUCUAAUGAAAAUACGUUUCUUUGCAUUUUAUAUAUAAAAUUUCAGCACUGGUAAAUUACAGUGCUCGCAAAACUAUAUCCAACUUCGUUCAUCGCAACUUGAAUGAUGCUGUAAAUCACAUGCAGACGUGUUGUAUACAUACAUAUAAUAGAUGGCGUUUAUUGCAAUUAUAAUUUUACAUUUACGUCACUUUAAGUUCCCCUCUCCACAUUUUUUCAUUGUAUGGUGAGAUUGUUGCGCCCUCACUGUCCUAUUGUGCUCGAAUUUGAACUUUGUGUGCAGUGCUUUUCAUUUACAUGGCUCCUUCGAUGCAGAGAGGAUAUGGAGCACGAGGUUCUGUUCAUAGUUGACGAAAAUUCUUUCAAUUUAAAUGAUAAAGUUUGACUAGGUGUUCUGUGAUGACAAAUGGUGAUGGUACAAAAUCCGAAAACAAAAAAGAGAAGAAGAGAUACAUCUAAGAAGCUAUUAACAUGAAGUGGAUAACAAUUUCAUGUAUUUUGUGCGUAUUUGGUUGUUUUAAAGAGUUCAGACCUUCGGAAUCUUACGUGACUGAUUAUUUAACAGGCCCGUGGAAAAAUUUCACAGACAUCCAAGUAAACCAAGAAAUUUUUCCUGUUUCUACAUAUUCUUAUUUCGCAACUUUAUUUGUUGUAUUCUUAAUAACAGACUUUGUACGAUACAAGCCUAUCAUUAUUUUGUGUGGCCUCUCCGGAGCUAUCACUUUCCUUCUCAUCAUAUUAGGACAAGAUGUUUUGUCUAUGCAAAUUGUAGAAUUUUUUUAUGGCUUGUUUUUCUCCACGGAAGUAGCAUACUUCACCUACAUUUAUGCUAAAGUUGAUAAAAAACAUUAUCAAGAAGUAACUAGCCAUACAAAAGCAGCAUCUCUUGUGGGACGUUGUAUGGCUGGUAUUGUUGCUCAAGUAACAACUUCCUUUAAUCUGUUAGAUUACCAUCAACUAAAUUAUAUUACUCUGUCAGCUAUUACAUUCGCAAUGGUAUGGGCAUUCUUUUUACCCUCUGUUGGCCAAUCUAUUUAUUUUCAUACAAAAAACAAAAAUCGUAUUUUGUUAACGAAUAAUGGAACAGUAGGAUUGCAACAACAUAAUUCAAAUCAUAUAUUGUGUAUAUCUGAACAACAUGUUGAGUAUGCUUCUCCUAAAACAAAUAUUUCAAUUGUGCAGAAAGUAAGACAAGCUUAUAUUUUAUUAUUGAAAGAUUGUUUGCAAGCAUACUCAAAUGGUCAUGUUGUAAAAUGGUCGAUGUGGUGGUCUCUUUCAACUUGCGGAUAUUUACAAAUUACUAGUUAUAUCCAAUUACUUUGGCAAACUGCAGUAUCCUCUACUGAUAGCAUCUAUAACGGAGCUGUAGAUGCUCUUUAUACAAUUAUAGGUACGGUAACCGUUUUUUGCAUCGGAAAAAUUCCAUUUAAUUGGUCUCUAAUUGGAGAUGUAGUAGUAUCACUCAUGUCAUUUGUGGAAGGUAUUUUCCUAGUGAUCUCUUCGUACAGUUACACUAUUUGGUUGUUAUAUGCUUCUUAUGUAGUGUUUGGAAUCAUUCAUCACACAAUGGUUACUGUUGCAAGCUUUGAAAUUGCAAAACAUAUAUCAGAGGACAGUUAUGGUUUAAUAUUUGGUAUAAAUACCUUUUUUGCAUUGUUACUACAAACUGUAUUAACAGCUAUAGUAGUGAAUGGAAACUUAGGAUUAGAUCUGAGAUCUCAGUAUUUUGUCUAUGGUGGGUAUUUCAUUGCAAUAGCAAUGCUGUACAUAAUAAUAGGUAUAUCUAGUAUUGUACGACAUUUUAAAAGAGGUAUGGAGUUUAAAAUAUGGGCAAGAAAUGGGAGUAUUACAAGAGAACAACCUAAAGAUGAAGAGAAGUCUUAGAAGUUAAAAAACUUUAGUUGAGACUGCAGUCUUUAAGAAAAUUUAGUUAAAUACCAACUUGUUCCUUUGAAAAAAGUACAAUAACGAUAUGUAGUUAUGGAAUAGCCAUGAAAUUAUUGUUUAAUAAGUUGUUGUGGUGAUAUAUUUAUUUAAAAAAAAAAAAAAAAAUAUUAAUAUAUUUUAAAAACAUUUCUUUAUUAUUUAUUUUGAAUUCACCUGCUAUUUGGGUGAAUAAAUUCAAAGCCAUUAGAGUAAAUACUUUUCUUUCCUCAUAAUAAUUAAGACUAUACAUGAGACGUACACUUGCAAACAUAUCCUUGUUAAUGAUAGAUACAAAAUACAGUAUUCAAUUUUUAUUAUUUUUUCUCGUUUACAAAGAGGGAACUGAAAUCUGUAUAUAUUAGAACAUGUUGCAUGGAAAUGUUGUAAUUAAAUUGAAUGUAUGAUGUGUAGGGUAUGCAACAAACAUAGAUGAUAUCAAAUUAAAAAAAUCAUGCAAUAUGAUGCAAAUGUGAACAUAAUAUUAUUUGUUAUAUAUAGAAAAUAUAUUGAAAUUUUAUUUUGUUACGAAACA